AUGUUUCAACAAUCUACAGAUGCUUUAAAAAAGUUUUCUAAACGCCUUCAUGCAAUCAAUACCCGUUUCUCAGCGGAUGAUGUUACAUCUCUUGCAAUUUUUGUCGACAUGGUUAAGAGUCAUUCUCCAGAUGAUCUCAUCGAGUUUAUUCACGAGCCAGAUCGUAUGAUUUUCUAUUACGCCCCAUUCGAAGCAAAUGCUUUUUCACAUCAAAUACAAACUUAUCACAUUGAUUCCACUUAUAAGCUCUUGCGCUCUCGCAUACCAUUUUAUGCCGUCACUGGCAAAUUCGCGGAAUCAAUUGUUUUUCCGUUUUUGUAUUUUUUCGUUUGGCCCGACACAAGUGAAAAUAUACAAGUUUGUCUCACAGCAUAUUUUGGCUCCAUCAAUCGCGAACCAUCUUAUUUUUCAAUGGACUGCGCACCUCAAAUCACAAAUGCUGUUGAAACAGCCAUCCCCUUAUGCCAGAUCAUUUGGUGUGGCGUUCAUGUGUUGCGCGCUGUCAUGAGAAAGGCUGAAAAGUUUCAAGAUCGUUCCAACUUCGAAACUUUCUAUAACUUAAUGAAGUUAUUGGUCUUUGGUUCUGAAGAGGAAGAAAUUGAUCCUGAUGAAGUUUACAACAAUUUAGAAGAAAUUUUAAAUGAGGAACCUGCUGCCCGUGAAUACUUUGACCGACAGUGGCGCCAUCAUCUUGACAGGUGGAUGCUUCGCUAUAGAAAUGAAGGAGAUGGAACAAACAACAUCUCAGAAUCACAUUUCAAGGUUUUGAAGCACCAGUACUUCCCAGAAAGGCGAAAUCUUCGACUCGAUGAACUUGUCAUCGAGUUAUAUUCCAGUGUUGUUCCUUCAUUCCUGAUUAAGUUGCAAAUUAAAGGUCUGGAUUCAGAGAGAAGUGUUAAAGUUAUCAAAAAAGUCACAAGAGAUUUCGAAGAAAUGACACAAUUUAAAAAAGUCGAAUGCAUCAGUAUGCUUGAAGCUGUUCAGAAAGGUCUGAAAAAUGAUACACUUGAUCCCAACAUUGUUUACUCAACAUUAAAAAUAUUAUUGCAAAGAAAACAUUUGAUUUAA